AUGAAGCGUGUGGCUCGUACAAGUUGGCCGCGUCAGACUGUACCAAUCACGGACAUCAGAAAUGUCCCCAAAGAGUGGCAAUGGAAUACGGCUGAAUCUGAUCUAGAUGAGAGUGAUAUCAUCGGCAAUAUCAUGCGAUGUCGUGAGCGUAUCAGCGAUGGGAUCAUGCCGCAGAUAUUUGAAGCCCGACUAGCAAGAUUUGAACGAGAAAAGGCAGAUCAGGACAACAUGAUUCAAUCGGAAGAACCAGAUCUGAGUUUUGAAGUUGUUCAACGGAUCAAAGAUCUGGAGUUUAUUGACAAGAGUCUAGUUGCAACAGGGGAUAAGGACUACCAACUCGUCAAUAUACGAGAGAUCUUGAAAGCUUACCGAAACAAGAAGCUGCUCUAUGAGCAAGGCAAGGUUACCUUCUGGUCAUGGGGCAAGCAGUUGUGCGAACCACAAAGAUUUGACGUGAAUGAUUUUCUGGAAGUCAAUUACCAGUACCAUGGUGACAGAAGCUUCUGGGUGGAAGGAAUUAAGAUAGCUCUCCGAAUUCCUGGUUCGGAAACCUAUGAAGUUCUCGACUUUCUGGAUGAUACCGGGUCCGACGCUCUCACAAUUUUCGAUGACGACUUACUCAAUGUCUGUCAGAUGUCAGAUGCUCCAUGGUUCACAUGGGCUCCAUCUCUGGGAAAUGUGAAGGUUAGAGGUGUUGGUGGGGCUAUUACGGCCAGGGCGGUUUUACUUGCGGCAGCAGUACUUGGGACAGAUGGUCAGAUGUUAACCAGAUGGGUUUCCAUCAAGUGUUUGGUCAGAGACAAUGAGGACAGAAGGAACUUGCCGCAACGGCUAAGUGGCUGUUGGUGGCGAUAUUUAUUAUACAACGGUACGGCCCCGGACAACAACGGAGAUUUGCAUAUCGCAAGUGACAAGGAUGAGUUUUCAAGUCUAUUCUGCGAUGUCAAUCAUAACGAAGCAACCGGUCCCCUUAUAGCAUAA